AUGACAGCCUCAGUCUUGAGCCACCGUCAACAGGCCGACAUUGAGUAUAUGCCUGAUUAUGACAAAUACUUGGCACGCGGAAAGCAAAGACAAGCGACAGAAGAGCUGGACAAACACCUCCCCGAGGGCUUUCCUGCAGCUCUGUCGGGCCAGUUGGUCUGGAAUGCCAGUACAAUCGCUGAUGAGUAUGAUUGGAACUACCAGCUCAGUGCGGAGAAUCUCAAGGAAGUUGAUGCUGCCCUCCAAUACUUCAAAUCAUCGAAUAAGCCAAUUGGUGAGGUCGGCCCAGACACAUUCCCAUUGCCCCACCUACGUCCUAUCCUGCGUGAUAUCUCGGACCAGGUCCACAACGGCCAUGGAUUCAAAGUCAUUCGAGGUCUGCCUGUCGAUAACUACACCCGCGAAGAGAACGUAAUCAUCUACACCGGCCUCUCAUCGCAUAUUGCCCCGAUCCGUGGCCGGCAAGACAACAAAUGGCAAGGCAAGCCAGCCGAUGUCAUGCUUGCCCACGUGAAGGACCUGAGUCAGUCGUGCAAGUCUCAGGAUAUCCCUGGUCCCGUGGUAACUGCCGACAAACAGGUCUUCCAUACCGAUGCCGGCGAUGUCAUUGCCCUAUUUUGUUUGAACGAGGGUGCAUCGGGAGGGGAAAGCUUUCUGGCCAGUACCUGUCACGUCUAUAACAUUUUGGCCGCUACACGCCCGGAUUUAAUCAAGACACUCUCCGAGCCUUGGCCUUUUGAUGACUUCGCGCAAAUGGGCGACGUAUACAAACUGCGACCUCUUCUCUACUACCAGCCUGCUACCGACACCGACCCAGAGCGACUGAUUAUUCAAUACUCCCGGAGAAACCUGACCGGCUAUCUCGACUGCAAGCGUUCCGCCCACAUUCCGCCCCUCACCGAAGCGCAGGCGGAGGCUCUCGAUGCGAUUCAUUUCACUGCCGAGAAGCACUCGAUCGCCCUUGACUUUCGCAAGGGCGACAUUCAGUUUGCUAAUAACUUGAGUAUCCUGCACGCGAGAGGAGCCUUUACCGACUCCAGCGAGAAACAACGGCACCUUCUCCGACUUUGGCUGCGCGAUCCGGAGCAUGAGUGGAAAAAAGCCCCCGAACUGCAGGAGAGAUUCGAUCGAGUUUAUAAUGGUGUGACAGUGGAGAAAUCGGUCUACCCGCUUGAGGCUACCAUCCGGAGUAGCAAUGUGGCUACGUAG